GGACAGAGACAGAAGAUCCUGAGAUCCACAGACAGACAGACAGACAGACAGACAGACAGACAGGUGAGAAAGAUGAUCUGCUCUUCACGCCUCCGCUGCCUCCUCCUCCUCCUGAUCUCCCUCACCGCCUUCAUCAGCUACUCCUCCGCGGCACAGAGAGACUCCAAACUCCGGCUGCUGCUGCACCGGGCCCCGCUGCUGAGCUCCAAACAGGAUCUGACCCGCUCCUCGUUGGCCGAGCUGCUGCUGUCUGACCUCCUGCAGGUGGAGAACGAGGCUCUGGAAGAGGAGAACUUCCCCCUGGCUGAAGGAGAACCUGAAGACGUCCACAUGGACCUGGAACGAGCCGCUGCUGCAGGCAGUGGAUAUGGUGAGCUAUCAUUGAACAUCAUCAGCAUAAAGACGGAUCUGGUUUAG